UUAGUUAAAUAGGGUUGGUUUUAAUCGAGAUCCCAUUUCCCUUGUUCGAGUUUUCUCAGGAAAGCUAGUAGAGAGAGAGAUACUGGUUUCGAUUCAUACGAUGGCUGCCACAGCUAUUCUCCGAUCGAUCCGCCGACGCGACGUCGUCUCUGCGCCUCUUUCCGUCUACAAAUCUCUUGCUGGUAAUGCUCAACCUUCAUUGGGUUCGUACACUGGUCAGAACUAUGCAAGUUUGUGUAGAGCUUUCGGAUCGAGAGCCGGUGUGAAUGAAAAUGUUGGGACUGGUUUUGGAACUAGCAACAUAAGCAAUGCCGUUAGAGAGGAGAGAGAGCAUUCAAAAGCUACUGUGAAUGCUAUGGGAGCUCAUCUGAGAGCUCUUGGUGUGGGAACACCAAGACGCGUGUUGUCUACAAUCGCCGAGGGUAUCAAGAUGACAGAGGAGGACCAGACUUCUCCAAAACCCCAAAGCUUUCGCCCUCUAUCUCCUCACCUCACGGUUUACCAGCCUCAGAAGAACUCAAUGUUAUCCAUUUUCAACAGAAUCUCGGGGAUUUACUUGACCGGAGUCUUUUAUGGCGGCUAUCUUCUCUACCUGAAGAUGGGUAUGAUCUGCCUCACUUACCCGGCUUUCUACCAAGUUCAUUACCAUGUACAGCAGCAACUCCCCAUCAUCACCUCGGUUACUGCAUUGGCCGCGCUUUACCAUACUGUCAAGAGUAUUCACUCGCUCUUGACCCAUUGAAGCAACAUUUCCCCUAAGCUCUUUUCGUUGUUUGGUUAAGCCACCAGAGUCUCCAGUAAGAGUUUCCUUGAGAUGCACAAGAUUUAAUAAAAGAGAGUUAGAAACGUUUGUUAAACUCUCAUUGUCUUUUGAGAAAGCAAGUGUCUAGCUUUUGUUUUGGGAUUUUAGGCUUUGAAAACUUAUGUUUGUUGGCUUUUUCUUUGUUCUAAGACCUUAUUGAUGGGGUUGGAAUGUAAUAAAAUGUUUACCAGUUCUAAGA